CAGAACAACCAGCUGCUCCUGGGACUGAAGAAGCACCCCUUCCACCCCCAGCUGCACCCCCACCUGAGGAUACCAACACCCCUCCUCCUCCAGAACAUGAACCAGAGGAAGAGACUGUGGCUGCUGAAGAACAAACUGACGUAAAACAUGAUGAAGUAUCCAAAGCUUCUGGUUCACCAAUGGAUAUUGAUGAGAACAGUCGAGGCUCUUCAAUCACUGAGGUAGAAAUGACUGAUGUGGAACAUCCCAAAACAGAAGUAGUUGAACCAAAUCCACCAGAAACAACCAACACUGAUUCUCAAGAAGCUAGUAAAAAGCAGUAUAAGUUUGCAUGGAGUAAGGCUGUAGAGGAAGAGGAUGAUGAUAAUAUUGAUGGGGAUCUAAGUUCCAUUCAUACCAGUGAUCUUUCUUCAUUUGAAUAUUCCUCUCCUAGUGAUAAUGAAGAAGAUAAACCAGCCAGUGCUCAGCCAUCACCUGUCAAAUCACCUGUUAAACUACCACAACAAACAGUACAGACAUCAGAACAAGAAAAUACCGAAACUCUUGCUGAAUCAGCAACAACUGGUAAUGAAACCACUGAUGUUUCACCUCAUAAACCUCGUAAACUUUUAUCAUUGACCUAUAAUCUAAGUGAUAGUGAUGAUGAUGAAACUCGAGAGGAGAGGAAGGCUAGAAUUGCUAAAGAGAAGGAAGAGAGGUAUCAGAAGAGAUUACAGAGAAGAGCUGAACUUGAAGCUAAGAGGAAAGAAAGAGAUGAAGAAAGAGCCAGAUUGAAGGAAGAAAAGAAGAAGAAGGAUGCUGAGAAACCUGCUGUAGUUGAUGAUAAAACUGAAAGUUCUCAGACUGAAUCAAAGACAGAAGAUGUGACAUCAUCAAUGGAAACAGAGGAUGAGAAGAAACCAGUUAG